CCGGAAGUAAACAAAGCGGUAAGUGAGACUGGCUCUAGGCUGACAGUCUCCGGUAACCGGCUAUGAUGGAGCAGCCGCCUGGGUCCAGGGAGGAGGAGGACGAAGACGACUUAGCCCACGAGCAGGCGGAGCGAGGCGGGCAGGAGCUGCAGUACGGCCAGUACCCGGCCGAUGGGGACACGCAGGUGCUGUAUUACACCAUGCUGCCCGCGGAGCAGGAGGACGAGAGCGGCGAAGCCCUGGACACCUCCGACCCCAGAGACAGCACGGCCAGCCCCGAGGAGCUGGAGGACGACGACAACUCUGGCGACAAUGACACCGUGGUGACCAAGACGUGCACCUACCAGGGCUGCCCGGAGACCACCAGCCAAGUGGCCAAGCAGCGCAAGCCCUGGAUGUGCAAGAAGCACCGCAACAAGAUGUACAAGGACAAGUACAAGAACAAGAAGAAGAGCGACCAGGCCAUGUCCUGCACCAGCAAGCUGGAGGAGAGUGCAGAGUGCUCGGUGUCUCUUACAAAACAGAGGACUGGAUCAGUCGGGGACCGGCCGCCUCGUCCUACGUUACUGGAGCAAGUGCUCAACCAGAAAAGACUGUCUCUUUUGAGGAGUCCAGAAGUUGUCAAGUUUCUUCAAACUCAGCAGCAACUGCUCAGUCGCCAGGCUUUUGAACAGCGGCAGUCUUUUCAAGGAACAUCACUUUGACCGAAUUUGCCCGUCGGAUGAACUAGUUAUAAACUUAAUCUGCUGACAUCCGUUUUUUAUAUAUUUAUUAUGUGACAAGACUAACGGAGCAGCCUGAAGAGAUGGGAGGUGAAGCAAGCUAUGUGUCAUGUAUGAGGAUGCUGUUCAUAUAGACAUCUUUUAUGGUGUCCCAUCUCUGGCAUCCUGUGUGAUGGUUUUACCACGUACCUAGCAGAUGGUUUACAAAAGAGCUAUGUAUACUGGCCUGUACAUACAGUCUUAUACAUCAUGUUCUGUUACUCACUCUUACGGCCCAUGCACGCAGCCGUUGCCAUUUUUGCGGUCCUGCCCUCCAUUGAACUGUCCUAUCCUUGUCUGUAAAACGGAGAAUAAUAGGACAUGUUCUAUUUUUUUGCAGGUGCUGCGGAACAGACACACGGAUGCAGACAUAAGAAGCAUUUUUUAAAUCCGGGAACCCUCUUUAAGGCCCCAUUCACAUGACCGGUUUUGUCUGCAUCUGUUCUGCAUGCGCAGUCCGUUCUGAGGCUGAUGCCAGUACAGGGAUGAAAGACCGGGCGAGCGCUUAGUCCUCUGACUGACGUUGGGGAAGCUAGGAGGGGACUUUGGGAUGCGGGGCAUAUUAUUACUAGACCUAGUGGCCAGAGUGAACAUUGCAGGAUUAUAUACAUUUUUUAAGUAUAGUGACAUGAGAAAUAAAAA